AUGGAUAGCUGUGACACUUCUUGUGCUAGGCAAUACUGGUUUGAAGCAGGACCUACAGACCUGCUGGAACGCAAGGGCUCCCUCACCCUCCGCUCCCGCGACAAGAAAUACUCCAAGUGCGUGUUGGUGGACUCCUGGGAUGAAGUCAGAGAAGGUUUUCCCAAAGAUUAUGAUAUAGAGAAUGACGCACAAAAAAAACUAAGCAAGUCAACAUAUCAGAGAUUUGGAACUGAUGAACCCCAGAUUUGGAUAUCAGAAACUCAAGAACAAAUGUCAAAAAAAUUUAUGAACAAAGAUUUUGUUGAAAUAAAGAGCAAGGCUUUAUUGAAUGAUGAAACAAUGAGCUCUGGGAUGAUCAAAAGGGACACUGGAUUGCCUGCCACAGGCUUUGGAUCUCUCUUUUCUAGACCACCACCAGACCAUCGCAAAAUGUGUAAUUUGACAACAUAUGCUGAAGAAUAUGCUGCGCCAUAUAAUUACCAGCCACACGAUUAUUCUCCUCCGUGUGAGUAUUCGAUGGUCCACAGAAAAUGCCGUUCUCAGUUCACAGAUCUAAAUGGUUCCAAAAGAUUUGGCAUCAACACUUGGCAGGAUGAAAGUGGGAUUUACGGUAAUUCACAUAUGAAAGAAGAACUCUACUCAUUAACCCAGAAUCCUAUUGUUCCCAUGUAA